UUACAUUUGUCAACUGUCAUUUAAUGUAGGUUAUGUUUUCAUACAAAUUUUGAAACGCAUACAGUGCAUACACAAUGUUAAUAUCUUUGAGAAAUGACCAUAAGGAACAUUUAAAUUUGUUGACUACUCAGUCCGUGCAAGUUUUAAUUGAUUUCUGUAAACUGGCCAUCGACUUUCUUCAAAAUGGACCAAACUUAAAACUGUAUACGACAGCUGCUGAAAAGUUAUCCGUAGAUCUAGAUGCUGUUCAAAAUUGCAUAUAUGGACUUGUUAAUCUUCUCCUACUUAGCUGUAAAUAUAAGUUGAGUGAAGCUGAUUUUAGAGACUCAAUUUUAACCCUUGGCUUUUCUUCAGAACAACAAACUAUUCUUCAUAAAUUUUAUGAAUCGAAAAAAACAGAAGUUGCACGAAUUAUUACAAAGCUCAGUGUUAGUGAACCACAUUAUGAUGAUUUAGAAUGGAGAUUUGAAGUACAGGUUUCUUCUAGAGCUUUGCUGCAUCAAGUGGUCCCGUUAAUGACCUUAGACUUGAGUCUAAAAACUAUGAAAGAUGAUGGAAGUGGAUAUGAAAAAGAACAUUUGCUGUUACAAACAGAUGUCAACAAUUUGUUGCACAUAACUCAAGAACUGGAAAAGGCUUUAAUUGAAUCCCGGAGUAGACAUUCAAGAAAAAUCCAAAGGGCAUUAAACAGUUAGUUAUCACACUGCAUUAAUCCAAGUUGAUAUACGUGUUCUGGCAAAAAUGUUGAUGACGGCAUCACAAAAUUGAGUAAAGAAAAACUCAACUCGAAAACGCUGGAUUGUACUUUCAGUGCGAGGGACGUUCUGUCGAAACAACUUUGGACCAAUUUUUUUAUGGAUAUGGAAGAUAUAAAGGUUUAAGUUCAAUUACUUUGUCAUUUUAACUGAGAUUAGACUCUGUCCUAUAAACAUCCGAUAUGUUGUAUGUUUAUUUAUGUUAAAUUUUGAUUAGAGAAUAAACCUUUAUGUUACAAAAAACCAUUUGAAGUGACGGCGCCGUUAUUACUCAGCAUAGAGACCUCAUAAACUUUUAUCGGUCUCGGUCGCUCGCAAACGAAUUGUUGA